UAUGCAAACAUAUCCCCACUUUUGUUCUCAUUCUCAUUCCUCCAAUUCUUAUUACUCUUUCCCACCUUUUUCUCCCAAACUCUCUGAAUUUUAUACCUUUUCUUAUUUAGGAGAGAGAAAAUACAAACAAAACAAUUAAUACUAAAAAUUUAGUAGUAGUAGUAGUAAUGGAAGAGACAAAGCCGUCAAAAUUCAAGAGAAUUUGUGUGUUCUGUGGAAGCAGUUCUGGCAAGAAAUUGAGCUACCAAGAAUCUGCUGUUGAGUUGGGCAAAGAAUUGGUGGAGAGAAGGAUUGAUUUGGUGUAUGGAGGUGGCAGCGUGGGUCUGAUGGGUCUUGUUUCUCAGGCAGUUCAUGAUGGUGGGCGCCAUGUUCUAGGGGUCAUUCCAAAGAGCCUUGUUUCCAAAGAGAUAACUGGUGAAACAGUAGGGGAAAUAAAAACUGUAUCAAACAUGCAUCAGAGGAAGGCUGAGAUGGCCAAACAAGCUGACGCGUUUAUUGCUUUACCUGGUGGAUAUGGUACUCUUGAAGAACUUCUAGAAGUCAUCACUUAUGCUCAACUAGGAAUACACCGAAAACCUGUGGGGCUUUUGAAUGUUGAUGGGUACUACAAUUGCUUAUUGUCUUUUAUCGAUAAGGCCGUUGAUGAAGGCUUUAUCUCUCCGACUGCUCGUGGGAUCAUAGUGUCAGCUCCAACAGCUAAAGAAUUGUUUAUAAAGCUUGAGGAAUAUGUCCCCGAGAUCGAUGAAUUGUCGUCUAAGUUGAUCUGGGAGGAAGUGGAGAGACCUAAUUUUGUCUCGGAAUCGGGCGUCACGACAUAAACCGUGCUCAUGUGUGCUGCUGGUGGUGGUGAAAAAAUGAUAUGCAGGUUUUUGGAGUUUACAUUUAGCAAAUUAGCAUGCACAAAAGUACAGUGAUAUGUGAUGCUGAUAAUAUGGGAUAAUGUUUAGUAUAGGAAGGGAAGUGAAAUGUGGCCUUAUGUUUUUUUUGGGUACGUAGAACAAAAGAAUUGACCACCCCAUUUUGGUUUUGUAUACAUGACUGGAAAAUGAAUGGUUUUAACAGAAGAAAAUUUUAGCCCAGUAUUUUGUUUUUAGUUGUUAGUUGUUAUCUUAGUAGAUGGGUGAUCUAAUUUGGCUGUACAGAUUUAAGUUUGUAUUAUCCAAACUUUUUGCCACUCUUUAAUUCUAUAAGUGAUGUUGUAGAUUGGUGAAAAUGUAAAUUGAGCAGUCAAUUAAGUUCAUAUAAUUUUUUU